UGCUCACAGCGAUAGCCGUGUUUGUUCUAUAGGAUUGAAAACUGGGAAAAAAACACGUUAUGAGAUCCGCGAAUGAAUUGCACAAAGUUGAUAAGUCCGUAUCUCUGACCGUCCACAAGUGUCAGUAGGCCGCGCGAAUUGGUGUGGAUACCUACUGUGAUUUUAAUUUCUUGUGAUACUUGUUUGGGAAUAAUGCAGACCAACGGGAACGGGUGUUCUAAGGGUACCAAUGGGCAUUCCCAUCUCAAUGGGUAUUCGAAGGAUGAUUAUUUUGACGUGGUGUACGAUUUGAGCGAUUUUGAAGAAUCCGAAGAGGAGUUUGCGAAGAAAUACCAAUGCAGGAAGGAACACGGACUUGUGGUGAAGACUAGAUACCCAGAUGGAACCGUACGGUUGAGGAACCCACACAUCGAACUCAUGGACCAAGAUAUCUUGUACCAUUUAGCUCUUGGCAGCGAAUCACAUGAUCUAGUAGAAAUGUUUGGUGAUGUGAAGUUCGUCUGCAUGGGCGGGACCCCAAAGCGAAUGGAACACUUCGCUUAUUACAUUAUGAAAGAAAUUGGUCAUAGGUUGCCCACCGGGACACAACUUAUGGACAUUAGUCAGUAUUCCUACCGAUACAGUAUGUACAAAGUUGGACCUGUACUAUCAAUUAGUCAUGGUAUGGGUGUGCCUUCCAUCGGCAUUCUGUUACACGAAAUAAUCAAAUUGAUGUACCACGCGAAAUGCAGGGACCCAGUUUUCUUCCGGAUUGGAACUUGUGGUGGGAUAGGACUAGAAGGGGGCACGGUUGUAAUUUCCGACGACGCCGUAGAUGGCAUGCUGAACCGGUUCUAUGCAGUGCCAAUGUUAGGAAAAAUAGUGAAAAGACCUGCCAAAUUCGACAGGAGACUCGUGAGAGAAUUAAAGGCCCUUGCAGACAAAGACGAUCCCUAUGAAACCGUAACAGGGACCACUAUGUGUGCCGAUGAUUUCUAUGAAGGUCAAGGUAGAACCGACGGUGCUUUUUGCGACUACACCGAGGCGGACAAGCUGGAGUACCUACAACAUCUGAAGAACAACGGAGUUAAAAAUAUCGAAAUGGAAGCUCUAGCGUUUGCCGCUCUAACGCACCACGCAGGGAUCAGGGCUGCUGAUGUCUGCGUCACGCUUCUGGACAGAUUGAAGGGCGAUCAGGUGUGCACGCCAAAGGAGGUGAUGAACGAGUGGCAAAUCAGACCUCAAGCGUUGGUGUCGCGAUACAUCAAGAAAUAUCUCCAAACCAAAGGCCGAAUUUCUUUCGAUGGACAUGGUUCCGUGGCUGUCAAAAGCCCCAGGCGGUUCAAACUGGUUCAGCAGGAAUCCCAGACGUUCGAGUAAAGAGGAACAUCAUUUUUUACAUACCCACACCACGUACUUAACUAUAACUAUAUUUAGCUUUAAAUUGGUAUGAAUAGGAGAUAUCUGCGACAAAAUUCUGUACAAUUUUGAAACUGAAACACUGGACAUGACAUCCCGUCCUUCAGUACAAGACACUUUGUCGUAGAUAUCGUUGAUUCCAGUGGCUUGUAUUUAUUUUUGACAAGCUUAGGCUUGUCCAUAGUGUCUAAGAGGAUUCCACAACCACCUGGAGCACAGGGACGUAAAACAAUUGAAAAACCUAAAUAAUCGGAAUUAUGACGUCACCUGGAGAUCGUGUGAAAAAUGUCUUUAGAGUCAUUAAUACUGUUAGCCUAAAAUUUUUGUUACAUGGUUAGUUUUUAGAAUCUGAUACAAUUGGUUGUUUACAUGUUUAUUAUGUAUUUUUAUACUUCAUCUUAUACAUUUACUUGAAGUUGCUUUAAAUGCCAAACUGGGCAGCAUGGAGUAAUCAUUGAUAGAAUAAAAUUUAAACAAUC